AUAUGAACCGGAAUUAUUUGUUGUUUCGUAUUUACUGCGAUGUUAGCUGGAUAGCAAGUGAAGCGUUUAUGUACACAUUGUUGAUGUGUUUUGAGUUCUCUUAUAGUUCCAACAACUGAACAGUUCAGUGUCCCGGACAUGUCUAUGUCCCAUCUGUAUGGACGGCAGGGUGAGGAGGACGGGGUGGAUGUGGAGAAGUUUGAGGUGACUGAAUGGGACCUGGCCAACGAGUUUAACCCUGAGCGCCGCAGACACAGACAGACUAAAGAGGAGGCUGUCUAUGGAAUCUGGGCAGAGAAGGGAGACUCUGAUGAUGAGAGGCCCAGCUUUGGAGGGAAGCGGUCUAAGGACUAUUCUGCCCCUGUGAAUUUUGUGAGUGCUGGCCUGCGUAAGACUGCAGCAGAGGAGAAGCAACAGCAGAGAGGAGGAUCAGAUGACUCUGAUGAUGACAACAACACUCCCCCACCACGCGACACUGCACCUAAGAAACUGCAGACGGGCGGUAACUUCCGUGGCAGCAGCCAAUCCCAGAGGACUGGGUUUGCAGCUGGUAUUCGUCCUGGAGGAGACCUGGGCACCUGGGAGAAACACACCAAGGGGAUUGGCCAGAAACUACUCCAAAAGAUGGGCUAUGUACCAGGGAAAGGGUUAGGGAAGAAUGCACAGGGGAUUGUGAACCCCAUUGAGGCGAAGCUUCGUAAGGGGAAAGGGGCGGUGGGUGCUUAUGGCAACGAGAGAACCAAGCAGUCGCUACAGGACUUCCCAGUAGUUGAUUCUGAGGAGGAGGAGGAGAAGGACUUCCAGAGGGAGCUAGGUCAGUGGCGUAGGGAUCCUGCGGGUGGCGGCGGGAAGAAGAAACCUAAGUAUUCCUACAGGACUGUGGAGGAGCUGAAGGCUAAGGGCAAACUGGCUGGGAGGACCACAAAGACCCCUGCUGGAGAACUGGCUCAGGUCAAGGUGAUCGAUAUGACUGGCAGGGAACAGAAGGUGUAUUACAGCUACAGUCAGAUGACUAACAAACACAGUGUACCAGAGGAGGCUCCACUGAGCGUGGCCGCACGGGAACAGAAGAUUUCUGGCUUUGCCCUGCCUGAGCUGGAACACAACCUGCAACUACUGAUUGACCUGACCGAACAAGACAUACUACAGUCCUCACGGCGCUUGCAACAUGAACGCGAUGUGGUGGUGACUCUGAGCCACGAGAGUUCUAGUCUACAGACAAGGCUGGAGGCAGAACAGGAUGCCAUCCAGAGGCUGGAGGCUGUACUGCAGCUUGUGGAUCGCUUUCAGAGUGGAGAGACUGCGCCUGGAGUGGGACCUGGCCUGCAGGAGUGUGCUAGUAUCUUUGAGACGCUACAGAGCGAGUACUAUGAGGAAUAUAAGACUCUAGGUUUGGGAGAUCUGGCCGCGGCGGUAGUACAUCCUCUACUCAGAGAGAAGCUGCGCACAUGGGACCCUCUGAAGGACAGCUCAUAUGGUCUAGAGGAGGUGGGCCAGUGGCGUGCCAUCCUGGAGUCCGGUCAGCUACACCACGCCAGCGCCCCCGAGGCUCACAUGGACCCCUACCACAGGCUCCUGUGGGAGGUGUGGAUUCCGGUGCUGCGAGUGUGUGUGUCGGGCUGGCAGCCUCGUAUGGUGGGGCCCAUGGUGGACUGUGUGGAGGUGUGGGCUCCUCUGCUGCCCCUCUGGAUACUAAACCACCUCCUGGAACAACUCAUCUUCCCCAGGCUUCAGAGAGAGGUGGAUAGCUGGAAUCCCCUGACAGACACGGUGCCCAUACACUCCUGGCUCCACCCAUGGCUACCUCUGCUCCAAUCACGGCUGGAGCCUCUGUACCCACCCAUCCGCAGUAAACUGGCUAAUGCACUGCAGCGCUGGCACCCAAGUGAUGGCUCCGCCCGCCUCAUCCUCCAGCCAUGGAGAGACGUGUUUACACCCGGUGCCUGGGAGGCCUUUAUGGUCAAAAACAUCAUCCCUAAGCUUGCUCUGUGUCUGGGGGAGCUGGUAAUAAACCCUCACCAGCAACAGAUGGAGCCAUUCAAUUGGGUGUUGGACUGGGAGGGCAUGCUGUCUCCCUCCAGCCUUGUAUCACUGCUGGACAAACACUUCUUCCCCAAGUGGCUACAGGUGCUGUGUUCGUGGCUCAGUAACAGUCCGAACUAUGAGGAGAUCACCAAGUGGUACCUGGGCUGGAAGUCCAUGUUCAGUGAUGCAGUUCUGGCUCAGCCGCUAGUCAAGGACAAGUUCAACGAAGCUCUGGACAUCAUGAACCGUGCUGUCUCAUCUGGCCUAGGUGGGGGAUACAUGCAGCCCGGUGCUCGUGAGAACAUUGCAUACCUCACACACACAGAGCGUCGGAAGGACUUCCAGUACGAGGCUCUGCAGGAACGCCGGGAUGCUGAGAGUGUGGCACAGCGUGGCAUCGGUGCCAGUCUGCCAACCAAUUUCAAAGACCUGAUCCAGGCCAAGGCUGAGGAGAACAACAUUGUUUUCAUGCCUCUGGUCGCCAAGCGCCACGAGGGAAAACAACUGUACACUUUUGGACGCAUCGUCAUCUACAUUGACCGAGGAGUGGUCUUCGUACAGGGAGAGAAGACCUGGGUCCCUACAUCCCUACAGAGUCUCAUAGAUAUGGCCAAGUGAUUGAGGGGCGGAGAGAGAGAUUGGGAUGUGGGGGAGGUUGUUUAGAGCAGCAUUGCCAUUUUUUUGUAAUAAGUGUAUGAUAUUCAGCCGGUGAUCACUGAAAUAUGUACUUGGAACCACAAAUAAAUGCUUUUUUGACUUUG